AUGGAUAGCUUUAAUAUCAUUAAGAAGUUCCCGCAGUUGUAUCAACUGAAAGGCAAAUAUAUUUCCAACACCGCAAACAUCAAACUGUUGGCUGUGUUGGGAUCCGAUGGCAGUGAUGUCAUAAUUGUUACCAAAGAUUAUAAUGUCUACUGUUUUGGUGUCAAUCGAUACGGAAGACUAGGUCUGGGAGUGGGAAGUGAUGUCCACUUCGAGAGACCACAACUCAACGAAAGUCUUUCGGGCAAAGGAUUGUCGAAAAUGAUCUAUGGUUUGGGUCACUGUAUAGGACUGACCACAAGUGGACAGUGCUAUGGAUGGGGACAUAAUUUUUGCGGACAACUCGGCCUCGGAUCCACUGAAGACAUGUCUACACCACAGCUCAUACAAGUGUUGAGUAAUAAAUGCAAACCCAAGAAGAUAAUUGGCGUUUGUUGUGGUGAUAAUCACACCCUUUGGUUAACCUUCGAUGGGUUGGUGUACGGCUCGGGUAGCAAUGAUUGCGGACAAACCGGUGCUGAAAGUAAUGAAAACCUUUCGGUUCCCACGAGAGUCGCAAUCGACGAAGAGAUCACUUUCAUAUCUUGUGGUCAGAACCACUCGACAGCCCUAUCAGUGACCGGCAAAGUGUAUGUCUGGGGAAGUAAUGGCAGCAGACAAUUGGGUCACUGUAUACCUCAUGGCCAGACAUACAGUAGGUCUCCCCGAGAGGUGUAUUGCUAUGAUAACAAAUUUAGACUCCGAUUCUGGAGAGCCAUUUGUGGGCCAAACCAUACGGUGCUGAUCGCAGAUAAUAACCGACUCUAUACUUAUGGCUACAGCUCUUGGAAACCAGUUGAUAGAUACGACCAUUCAUUCAAUGCCAUCGAUCCUGAAGAUAAUCGCACUACUUUUAGACCCAUUGACAUACCGGUGCCAUCGACUGGUUUCUCUUUAUUCAACAUUUACGCCAAAUUCUGCGGAUUUGAUAUGACUUUUGAAUCAAUUGCUGAACAAAUCAAAUCAAUGGACACAUCGAUUGCUGCGAAACCAAUUGCUUGCGAUUAUAACGACUGGAAUAAUGAUUCAAAUGAUAAGUACAGCGCUGAAGAUGGCUAUUCAGAGAUAUAUAUGUCUGAUGUGGAGGAAUCAGAUGUAGAAAAUCUACCAAAAGUGGUUAAAAAUACUACAUCACAGACCACGCAGUCAUUUGCAUCCGAUUUAUACCUCUUGGAUCCGCUAUUAAAUAAGGAUUUGCCACAAAAGAGUGAUUCCGAUGAGAAUGGUGUAUCAACUGAUCCAAUAACUCAUUCAACCAAUAGUUACAUUUGUGACAAACAAUGUCACGAUUCAGAUGUCCUCAGGAGUGAAGAUAAUAUCACAUCUACUGACUCAAUGACUAGUGAAUUGAGUUGUAAUCCAAUUAUUCGACGAUUUCACCGACAAUUUUCGGAAGCCUUUAACAAUCCAUUUGAUUCUGACCUCACAUUUAAAGUGCAAAACAAAUUCAUUUAUUGUAAUAAAUCUGUUCUGAAGAUUCAAAACAACAAGUUUUGGGAAACAGAAUGUCAACAGAAUUUGAUGAAUGAGAAUGAGAUACAUAUUAAGAGCUAUUCUUAUGAGACAUUUGUAUCACUUCUCAUGUAUUUCUAUGGACUCACUCCCGAAGUCAAUGACAACAACUGCACUCAACUGCUAAAGUUGGCCAAAGAAUACGGGGAACUGGAGCUCAAGGACCUACCAUUUCAAAAGCAUUAG